UCCCCUCUGUGAUGAUGUGUAGCCUUACCUAUGAUUCCUGGAACUGUCAUCAAGACAUCACUAAUUUCAGUUAUGAAAUGCUAUGCAAAUUUCUUAAUGUUGACUUUGAUGAGUUCGGGAUGCCGUGUGGAUGAAAGAAAUUUCAACUGAUGUUAAUUGUUUGCCAUAGCUCUAUUUCAAUGGAUGCACUUUGCUUGCGUUUGAUACAUUGUUUACUAAGUUCGAUGUAGGAGGGAGUAGAUCUAGAAUCUAGCAGGCAGGCCUGCCUAUGCUGAGUUGUUUAUUCUGUCCUGUUUGAAGUGAUCUGCCUAUGCAAGCUGAUAACUACAUAUUUGUUCUCACUUUUAGCUAGAUAUAGAUCUAGAUGUAGGUGUUUUUGGCUGUGACAGAUUGUGCUUUUGAGAAGUGUGUUGGCAACAACUGCAGUGUUAUUGUGUUUGAGCACAAUAGUAGUGACAUAUGGUGGAGAAAUGUGAUCAGUUGUUUAUCAAUGUUUCUCGGAAGAGUUGUUAUUGUUUUUCAUUAGACGUUCUUGGUAAUUGUAGGAAAAUAUAGCGUAGGUGUUGUGAAUCAUUUAGAUUUCUGCUGGCAGAACUGAAUUGGUACAUUUACUGAGUGAACGUGAAGCAGUAGAAUGGUGAUAAUCAGUGGUAGAUCUAGAAUUUGAGAUUCAUUUUACUGUGUGUAAGAAUUGUGUCAAAGGCCUCAACCUAGAAUCUAGAUUAUCUUAGAUCCAGGUCUAAUCUAGAUAUCUAUGUGACUGAAACUAUUGAAGAUAUUUUUCUACCUGAAUUCCGGGUGGCAGAUUUUACAAUGGAUGUUGAAGGUAAAUGUGCCAGCCCACCCCUCAACUCGACGGACGACAGAACAAUGCGGACUCGUAAUCGAGUACGGAAAAAGUUGCAGCAGCGGCGAGUGAACAGCAAUGACAACUACUACCCCAAUCCUCCACGUUCCCUGGGAGGUCGCAGGAAUAGGGGAAUGGGAGGUGUGAAUGGUGAUAUCGGGAUGCACGGGGACCCAGGGCUGACCCAUGGUCAGUGCAUCACGCCAGAGAAUGGGGCUAUGGACCUGGAAGAGGAGAACUCACUCAUUUUGCAGUGUCUGUCCAGCAUGCCCUCUCCCAAAGUGACUGAUGUUGAGGCCCGCAGUGCGUUGAUUCAGUUGUCUCCCCCUGACUGUGAUUCUAUCGACCUGGAGCUGUAUCCAUCAGACUUCAAGUACGAGCUCCUCCUCUCUGACAAAGGCCGGGACGCCAAAUACAAGACUGUCUUCUGGUGGGUCUCACUCUUUUGUUCUUAUUGGAUUUGCCUUCUUGCUAACAGAGUGUGUGCAGUGCUGAACGAGGAGCUCAAAGGUGCCCUGACGGAGCCCGUCAGUUUCCUGACCUCUCAGUGCGAGCCGGACACCCCUCAGCCACCCAAGCUCAUGACCAAAACCAAGACGUCGCUCUCACUCAAGUGGAAUGCAACGUGUGAAAAUGGGUCCAAAAUUUCAGCCUAUGUUUUAGAAUGUGAUCAGGGUCUCGGAGAUGGCAACUUCUCCGAGCUUUACAGUGGUGUCCAGCGCCAGUACAAGGUCACGCGUCUCAAUGCUUCCACCAGAUAUAUGUUCCGGCUCGCUGCUGUCAACUCUCUGGGGAGAAGCCAGUACAGCAAUGCUGUAGGCUUCUUCACCAGCGGCUCUGCCCCCUCCCAGCCCGACCCUCCCAUGCUGUCAGAGCAGUACGUCUACGCUCUCACCAUCUCUUGGAUUAAGCGACCAAAUGAUGAUGAGUUCUUGCUGCAGAUGGAGGAUGAAGCCACGGGUCAUGGUUACAUGCCGGUCUACAAUGGGCCCUAUCUGUCAUACACUGUUCAAAAGCUCAAGAGGAAUACAGAAUAUAAAUUCAGGCUGUGUGCCAAGAACGAGGAGGGCCAGAGCAAGUGGAGUGAGACGGUCUGCUACAAGACGCAGCCGGAGCGCCCUCAGCCUCCCAGCAAGCCGCAGAUCAAGGGCAACAUGAACCCUUACUCCUUCCGCAUUGUCUGGGAUGCUCCCAAUGACACGGGUGGGAUGGAGAUCACCAAGUACAUAGUGGAACUGGACGAUGGUCAAGGCUAUGACACUGUGUACGAGGGCUCAGAGAGGGAACACAUGUUUGACCACUUGAUACCUGGGCACACGUACAGGGUCCGUGUCGCCUGCUGUAGUGGAGGGGGACGGAGUGAUUUUUCAGACUGCUGUAUCGCCACCAUGCUGCCUGUAGCACCAGGCCAGUGCCAGGCCCCCAAGCUACAGGGAAAACCCAAGGCCACAACCUUACACCUCCGCUGGGGCUACCCAGACUACGAUGGAGGGGUUAAAGUGACGACCUUUGCUGCUCAGAUAAUCUUCCCUGACAACUCCGCGCGGGAAGUCUACAAGGGUCACGACAGGGACUGUAUUGUGGCAGGCUUGUUGCCGGGACGACCAUAUCUGUUUCAAGUUCGCGCUUUCAACCGCACUGGGGUACGUCUUUUGUCCUUCAUUUUAAAGAAGGGGGAGGGGAUUUACCCUCACUGUGUUGUGAUGUCUUUUCAGUUAUACUUUGGACCAAACAUGAGCUUCGAUGCUAAAGGACUUACGCCUGCCAGUCCGUACGCUUUUCGAGUUCAGGCCAUCAACAGCGCAGGUUCGAGCCCCCUGUCUUCGGCCACCCAGUGCACGACACCCUCCUCCAGUCCCUCCCCUAUCGUGUCCAUCAAGGCCUCCCCGGGACCGACCUCCGCCCUCUUGACGUGGAGGGAGCCACACUGCAACGGGAGUGAGAUCAUCUCCUACAACAUUGAUGUGAGCGACCGGCCACCUAUUUCGGUGGACCCUGUGACUGAAUAUUUGCUGGAGGAUCUGCACCCGGAGACUGUCUACAAGAUCCGUGUUCAGGCUGUGAACAGCAUUGGGGUGGGCGCCUACAGCAGUGCUGUCAAAGUGAGCACGAAGGCCCAGCCCCCGUCGCCCCCGCGGCUGGAGUGUGUCAUGCUGGCACCUAGCUCCAUCAAGCUCAAGUGGGGGGAGGGACGCAACUCGGACCUGCUCACCUACACACUGGAGAUGGAGAAAGAGGACGGCAGCUUCCAGCCAGUGUACACGGGCCCUGCACACACCCACAAGGUGACCCGCCUCACAGAGCUGACAAGCUACGAGUUUCGCCUGUUUGCCAGCAACGACGCUGGCAGUGGACCUUACUCCGACACCUACUCCUUCACCACCACCAAGGCCCCGCCCCCUCCUCCCAAAGCACCCAAAGUGUCUGGUCUAAGCCAGCGUGGCUGCACCUUGGAGUGGCACAGUGUGCGGCCUAUGGGCUCCGACUCCAUGGCCUACAUCCUACAGCUUCUGUGUAUCAGUGGGGCGGACACAGAGUAUAAACAGAUCUACAAAGGACCAAACUCCCACUUCCAAGUGGAGGACCUGCUGCCCCAGACAGAGUACCAGGCCCGGGUGGCGGCUGUGCGUCUGUCUGCCGACAACACCGGUGACAUCACGGGCUCCUUCAGCUCCGGCGUUCUUUUCUCCACGCCGGCCCCAGAGACGGUUAAGUCAGACUCUGGCUCUGGUUCAGCCUCUGAGGGCCACGCUGAGGAGAGGAAGCCCUGGACUGACCAGCAGUGGGCGGCGGUCAUCCUCGGCUGCUUCGUCCUGGUGGCCAUCGUCUCGGCUUUCCUGUGCCAGCAGCUGAUCAACUACAUGUCUGGUGCCGAAGAUCUCUCGUCUUCGUCGUCGCCAUCGUCCUCCUCCUCAUCAUCAUCGCCAUCGUCAUCUUCAUUCGGAGGGAGAUCAGGGAGCUAAAAAUAGUCGCCGUAAGAGAGUCUGCGGGAGAUUUAACAUUGUUUCGAAGUCUGUUGCUAGCAUUUACAAAGAUUCCCUUUUUCGUCAUUGUUUUAUUUUAAAAAGUAUAUUUAUCAGAAGAAGAGAAAAAGAAAGCCGUGACAUUAUGUGGGUGACAUAUCAAUGUGCCCUCGGCCUUAAAAUGAUGGUGUCUGUGGAGGUUUUUCUCAGGUCUAAGUCUUGGGAGCGCAGCAGUGCUAUUAUCAAUGUGCCGGGGCUAGUCUGCGGCUAAUGUAAGACAAUGUGAGAGGUGUUUACGCUGUCACUUAACACUUUCACCAGCGUGAGCACAACUUGGGUUAUGGUAUUGGGUUAACAACUGCUCUCUGGGAGAUGAGGGAGUUUUGUCUUACGACGUGAAUAUAACAUAAAUGAUGAAAUAAAUUAAUACAUUUAUAUAUAUACGAUUGCACAUCUUGACUAUAAAUAAGAAGACGAAACAAUCAAAGAACACUGGACUUGAUGAUGAUGAUGAUAUAUGUAUUAUGUUAAUGAUGCAGACGCCAUCUUGUUGUUGUCUGCUGUUGUCUGCAAGACUUCUUCGGUGCUUCUGUCUCCGCCUGGGUCCUUGACGGGGGGGGAAUGUCGGAGGUCGGGAGGGUGUGGAGGUCAGAGUGUGAGUACUUUACAGUGGAGAUACCUGGGUCCUUGACAAGGGAAAUGUUGAAGAGGUCAGAGCCUGAGUACUUUACCAUGGGGAUCGAAAGACGAGGUCAUUGGUUUGAACUGUAGGUCAGAAUUUGUCUUUAUUUUGCUGGAGCAAGUUAUGUCGGCAGGAUCAAGGAAGCUUUCUAGGCCUCGGUAGCAUGGUACAGGGGGAUGUGUGGUGCUUAUUUGAGGGAGUGAGGAGAGAAGGGAAUUCCUCGCUCCUCUCCCUCCCCUUUCCUCCCCAUGACAGAAGAAUUAACAAUGAGUAUGUGGGUGUGCUUCAAGAGUGCUUUACUAGCAUAGGAGUGGGGCUGAUGGUUUUACGAGUAAGGUGGUGUUGGGAGUAGCAGUUGGGGAGUGUGAGGAGUCACCAGAGUGGCAGGGAGAGGGUAUGAGAGUGGGGGGCUAGGAUAGCCUGACAGCAGGAAAUGUGAGGCAUGCUGACUGAAUGAGUUGCUUCACAGGGGAAAUGUUGUUUGGACAUAAAUGCAUCAAAUUUAUAGAUUGAGUUUUCAGUUUUAAUGAAGAGUUUCCCAGUACUUGCCACACAAAUAGGUCAUGCUAAUGCCAAAGAUUAGAGGUGUUACAAAAGAACAUACUAAGGAAAAAGAGGUGAGAUAAGGAGGAUAAGUGUUUGUUAGGAAAGACAGAGCAAACCACUCGAGCACCUGUCUACCAACCGCAGGUUGAGUUUGUACAGUUUGUCUGUAUGAAAUGAUAUAAAUGUUCAACUUGAAAAAAAAAACGGAAUCAGUAAAUCUACAAAUCUGACCGUUGUGUCUAUUUUUGGCCUAUAUUUUCGUUCUUGGAUUUUGGAAGUGAAUCAUUUGAUGAGCACGCCUCACACUAGAAGAGACUGUUGUUGUACUUUGUCGUGGUUGACGUUUGCCAAAACUUGCAUUGCGUUAUAUUUACUUCCACUUUGUCGUCAUUUUGUUAUGAUUCAGCGUUUUGAACUAUCAGAUGUUGCUAAAAGAGAUUUUUUGUUUGGUUAUAUGUGACUAUCAUGUUGACACUGCAGAUCAGAAGUGAGAUAUGACCUGCGACAGAAAUGUUAUUUAGAAAGCAAUUGUGUGAGACCAAUAUAGAUUUCGAAUGAGUGGCCUAAAAGGAGCUUUGAUUUUGGUCUGUAGUAUUGAUAGGCAGUUAGUGAUAUGAACUGGGCUUUGUUUAUUGUCAUGCCACUGUGUGUUGGUGUGUGUGUGUGUUUGUAUGAGAGAAAAGGAAGGUAAAGGUAAUUUGGGGAAGGGGGGGGGGAGUUCUAAGGAGUAUGUGAGAUGUAGGAUGCAAACUGUUUGAGGGGAAAUGGAGUGACGAUUUUGUCUCCCUCAAAGGUUUGUGUUUUGUCUUUGAAAUUUGUCCAAGUUUUCUUUGAGAGUAUAAAAUUCCAACACAGGGUAAUGCUGUUGUUGAGCUUAACACCCCCACCCCCCUUUCCAAAACACCAGCACCACUACCUAGUGUAGAACUUCAGCAACAUAUAAUUGUUGAGUCUGCUGCAUGAAAUGAAAAUUACAGGGGAAGGCCAAGAGAUGUACAAAGCAUAGUGGUUCUCUUCACAGCCCCACCUUGCAACACAAUGAUGAUAUAAAUAAAAAGAUGAAACCUAACUUGUCUAAAAA